CACACAGUCAGGGUGAAACAUAACAUUUUGUUCAGCCAAAUAGCAGCUACACUGUGCUAAAAUUAACCAGCCAUCUGCAACACUGACAUGGCUGAGAGGGCCAGUCAGGAUGACCAUGAAGAGGGAGAGGAGCUGGUACAAGACAAAGAUACAAACACUUCUGUUGAUCAAAAAGAGGACAUUGUUACAGGUGGGGAAACUCCAGACAUACAUUCUAUUGAGGAUCAACAUCCAACCCAAGAAGAGUCUGAGUGUCCAGGCUGCCAGUCACUGGAUAUUGUGGCAUUGCCUUGUGGCCACAAACUUUGUCCCACAUGUAUUGAGCUUAGUCAGAGAGAGCUGGGCCAGGCCAGCUGCACUGUCUGCUGCGGAUCACAGCUUGUGGACUUGAUCCUCCACACUCUGCUGGAUGCACUCUUCCAGGCCCAGCCCAGGAGGCACGGUGUGAUGCCUGGAGCUGAAGAGGAAAGUGCGAGGGGAGCAGAGGAUGGAGGGAAAGCUUGGGGUGGAUAUAGGGAGAUGGAGAAAGAAGAUCUGUGUGUGCAGCAUGGAGAAAUGCUCACUAUGUUCUGUCAGCAAGAGGAGCAGCCAGUCUGCCAGCGGUGUCAGACAGAUGAGCAUGAAGACCACCAGUGCUGCUCCAUAGAAGAGGCCAUUCACAACUGUAAGAAAGAGUUGCGAUCUGCUGUAAGAAGCCUCCAGGAGCAGCUAGAGACUUUAACCCCCAUCAGACAAACCUGGGAAGACACUGCCACUCACAUCAAGAGCCAAUCAAUACAAACAGCCAAGAUCUUGAGGGAUGAGUUUGAGAAGAUGCACCAGUACCUCCAUGAUGAGGAGGCCGCUCUGAUGUCACAGCUGAAACAGGAAGAGGAGGAUAAGAGUCAGAGGAUGAGAGAAAAGAUCGACAAGAUCAACAAUGACAUACAAGUGCUGACAAACAGUAUCAGAGAGACAGAAAACACCAUGGGCUUAGACAACUUCCUCUUUCUAAAGAAUUACAAGAACACCUAUGAAAGGGCUCAGUGCCAAGUGGAGGAGCCUGAGGAUGAAUCACAAGCUCUGCUUGAUGUGGCGGACCUCCAGAGCUGUGUGCAGCACCAUGUCUGGGAGAAGAUGCUGAGGAUCAUCCAGUACUUUCCGGUGACCAUGGACCCUAACACAGGCUCAGUGUGUUUAGGUGUGUCUCCUGACCUGUCCAGUGUGUAUGUAUGUGAGGAGCAGCCUCUUCCCAACAAUCCAGAGAGGUUUGUGAGACCACAGAGCAUCCUGGGCUCAGAGGACUUCAGCUCAGGGAGGCACAGCUGGGAGGUGGAGGUGGGAGAUAACAGUCACUGGUCUCUCGGUGUGGCCAGUGAGACAGUCCACAGAAAGGACUGGUCCAACUCUGGUCGUGCCUUAGACUCAGACACAGAGCCUGGUGGUGGCUUGUGGACUGUAUCCCUUUCCGCUGGGGAGUACUGGGCCUCCUCUGACCACAGCGCCCCCCUCAGACUGAGACGAAGGCCGCGCAGAGUCAGAAUUCAGCUGGACUGGGAGAGAGGGUGUCUGACUUUCUCUGACGCUAAUGACAACACACUGAUCUUUCGUUUCAAAAAGCAGUGGAGUGGAAAUCUGAGACCCUACUUUUCCACGACAUGUUCUAAACACCCAUUGAAAAUCACAGCAGGGAGGGUGACUGUUACCACAGAAUAGAGUCUGUGGUAACAGUAGACAUGUCUGUCAAAACAACAGUCAGAUUUUAAAAUGUAAAAUGAAUCCCUCUGUAUCCAGUACAAUCCGCCCUUUUUAACAUUACUUACCACAAACAACUUGCAGUAGGGGCAACCUGCCAGCUACAGCUCAAUAACAAGUAAAAAUAAAUACACAUUCAAACAACUCCAAAGAUCUAUUAUUUACAUGAUAUAUCUUCUUAAGGAAGAGUAAGUCAUCAAGGCAAUUACAACCUGAUUAGGACCUGUGCUGAUAUUCAGUCUUUUUCUUUUUGUUACCAAAUGCCACAUAAAGACCAAAACCAAAAAACAUAUCUGUCUAGGAAGGACUAUGUGUGUUAUCAUGGUGUAAUAUAUCAUAUUCCUCUGUGCCAUAGAGUUCCAUUACUGGAAAUACAUAAGUGAGCCUCACAGUUGCAGUGGGUGACAUGUUCCUUCAUUGCCAUGACCACAUAAACUACCACAUACAUUGUUCAGCUGCUGGAAAUACUCACCAGAGCAUUAAUCCACCACUGAAAAUGUUCCCCAGUUUAGGCACUAUUUCAGCACCAGUGUCCAGCUGUUUGAGAAAAUUACUCAGCAUGUUUUUAAAGUCACUUCAUGCUUUGUUGUUCAGCCCUAAAUAAACUACCCUGUUCAACACUG